GGGCCUCCCCCGCGCUGGGAUUGGAUGCGAGAACGGGGUGGGCGCGGGCGGGGGGAACCCCAGAAGCCCAGGUUCCCAGUUCGGGGGUAGAGCAGCCCGCAGUGCAGACGCUGCCGGCCCACGCUAGGGAAACCUCACACCGACCUGGCGGGCUGGCGGGCGGCGCGGAGGCGGCGGCAACAACAGCGGCGGCCCCCGCAGGCGCCGGGCGCACCAAGAUGUUUGACAGCUCGCAGUAUCCCUACAAUUGCUUCAAUUACGACGCGGACGACUACCCAGCUGGCAGCUCCCACGAAGAGAAGCGACUCACGCGGCCCGCCUACAGCUACAUCGCGCUGAUCGCCAUGGCCAUUCAGCAGAGCCCCUCGGGCAGGGUCACCCUGUCCGGUAUCUACGACUUCAUCAUGCGCAAGUUCCCCUACUACCGAGCCAACCAGCGCGCCUGGCAGAACUCCAUCCGCCACAACCUGUCCCUGAACAGCUGUUUUGUCAAGGUGCCCCGAACGGAGGGCCACGAGAAGGGAAAGGGCAACUACUGGACGUUCGCGGGUGGCUGUGAGUCGCUGCUGGACCUCUUCGAGAACGGCAACUACCGGCGGAGGCGCCGUCGCCGUGGCCCCAAGCGCGAGGGGGCGGGGGAGGCGCGCACAGGGGCCCCGGAGGGGCCUCUGGGGCCGCCUGAGCCAACCCCCCACCGCCAGCCCCCUGCCCCCACCAGUCCCGCUGCCUUGCGGAAGGAGGAGCCCAGGGGCAUCAAGUUCAGCAUUGACUACAUCCUGUCUUCACCCGACCCUUUUCCGGGGCUCAAAUGUUCCUGCAGCCCCCAGGAGGGCAGAAACCCCCAGCCGGGAACCCAGCAAAUGAACCUCCACCUUUGGACAGCAUAAGGCAGGGCUGGCAUCCAGGCAGCCUGGGGUCUUCCAGGGGAUUUCAGCCCCCGCUCAAGCCAAGCAGCAAGGUUUUGCCACAUCCUACUAACUUCCACAGACUCCUCCUGCUCCAGGCUGAAAACCACCCUGUGCUGCAGAGAUGGGAGGUCAGUCUUCUGGCUUCAUUGCUCCAAGUCCCCUUUGCAAGAAGACCCAUGGGGUCCUACCUGACUAAAGCGUUUGCUCUAGAUUCACUGAAUAACCCUCCUCUGAGGACUAGGAACAUGGGUUCAGGGCCACGUCCGCUUAGAUCCGGGGCACAUUUCACCCCUCCAUCAUCUGAGAGUUUGCUGCAUAGACAGCCACGCCCGGGAAGGAGCCAGGGUGUCAGUGUUCAGUUGGUGAAGCGGGUGGGCAUCCUCCCUCGAGCUAAAAGGGCUAAAAGAGAAGUCAGGUAUCAGCUGAGCCCACGGACGUCGCCCCAAAGUUUUUGACUAUGGCCCUGUUACAGAUGAUGGGCUCAAACAUGUAAGUGCAUCUUGU